UUUUAUAGAAAUGAUUAUUCCAAAGUCACGUCGACCUCCUGUAAUCAUUAGAGAUGGUCGACAAAUUAAACCUAAUCCUCUACCUUGGGAAUUGAAAAUUUCUAGAGAGCUUUUACUUGGCAAAGUUAAAGUUUUGAGUCGUAUUGGCCUUGAAAAAAUUCCAUGUCUUCAUGUUAGAGUGCCUUUAUAUACGUAA